AGUUAAAAAGCGUCAACAGAUCUUAGCGGUCGUUAAAGGCUGCCGGGCGUCUAGAUGGACUCCUAGCGCCCUGCUGAUUGAUUUCUGGAAGCUUCCGGAAGCUAGUGUAGCCGAUUCUUCAUCAAAAUACGAACUUUUCUUCUAGAAGGACUUGUACCAGUGCAAGACUAUUCUAAACAUUAAUUGGUUGCGGCUGUGAGGUUCAUCCUUCUUGGCAGCAGCAGGACUCUGGUCACUUGUCUCCCCGCAACAGAUUGAAGGAAAACAGGAAAGGGAUGAAAUCCUGAUCCUCUCCCUGCUGCUCUGUCUCAGGAUGAAUAAAAUAAAUUAUCUUUUGCAUAGGGUGUCCCUUCAGUAACUAUGUGGCAGGAAUUCAUGUCAGACCUCUGAUAUAAGGAGGAGAAGGUUUGCCUCUUAGAUGACUAAGCAGUUUCAGAAGUAAGCCUUCCAGCAAAUCUAACCAUAAUAAACUCAACUCAGAGGAAGUAGAAUUUCUCCUGUUGCACAGCAAUGAUGUCUACCUUCAGAGAAAUAGAUGAGAAAGAAACUUACUCACCUGAAAUUUCUGAAAUUGAAGACCCAAAAGCCACCGUGGAUAUCCUGAACUAUUGUCAGGUUAUAUAUAAAACUGUUCAAAGGCUGGAAAAGAAGUUUGAUGACCUGGAUGAAAAAGUAACAAAAAUAUAUCACUCUCGUGCUAGAUCCUUCUGGCGUUAUCCUCCUUUUAGAGCAGUAUCCAGAAGAUACAAUUACCUGAUGUCUAGAAGACAUAAACUUCAGAAAGUGAGACGAUUCAUUAAUGACAAUUUGAUCUCCCGUCCUCACAGUUACAGUCCAACUACAGUAGUCUUCGAAAGGAAUGAAGAUAGUGAGGAUAUGGAGAACAAUCAGACUGUAGAUUACCUCCAGGCUUUCCAGUACCCCAAUUCUAUUGACAACACCCAGACUUUCCAGUACGCUGAUUGUAUUGACAAUAAUCAAGCUUUGCAUUACUCUGAUGAUCUCUACAACACUCAGGCUUCGAAGUAUGCCAAUUCUAUUGACAGCAGUAUCCAGAACAAUGAAGACAAUGAUGUUUUCCAUUCUGAGGAUUCACAGGAAGUGAUUCUUGUCAAUUCUUCACCAGAGAGGGACUAUGAAGAAACUCCACCAAGUCCUACAUCUACUGGCCAAACCUACCAACAGUAUUACAGAUUUAAAAACAAUCCUAGCUCCUCUCCAGUGGCCUACUACAGUGACUUCGAAAAUACCAACGUGGACACCAUCACUUCUACCACUUCAACAGUGAGGGAAGCAAGUACCCUCCCUCCAGGGGAGCUCAUCCCCAUCCAGAAUCCUGAAAUGAGGCGAUUGGCCUUACUGGAGGCUCAGCGUUCACCUGUGAUUGAUCCUAACACUUUUGGUUCAUCAUCCGAAUGUAAUGAUGCUGUUGUGAGACACCUUGGAAGCCCUGCAAACUGGUCUGUGGAUGACGUGAUAACAUUUCUGAACCGUUUAGAUCCUCCGUUGGCCGACCAGCUCUACCCCAUCAUCAGAGAACAUGCUAUCGAUGGGAAGGCCCUGCUGCUGCUUGAUUUUGAUGUGAUGGUGAAAUAUAUGGGGAUGAAGGUGGGAGUAGUCAUGAAAUUUAGCAGCUACAUUCAAAAGCUUAAAGAAGGAGUAAAAUGUGACGAGUAAACUUUUCGUUUGUAGAACUUCAAAUGUUCUCAUUAAAUUCCUUCUUAAUGCA